CAAUAAUAACCCCGUUCUUCUGAAAAUUGAUUUUAUUAUUGUACAGGUAUUUAUCCGAUUUUAAUAACAAAAAAAAAGAAAUAAGAGGACUACUACAGGCAAAAGCCCUAUAAUGUUGUAUCGCCAACAUCAAUUUACUUGGUACAUUUGUACAAGCUUAGUUGCGUUAUUUUGUGUGUCUGUACAUACUCAGGAAUUUAAUGGUACUUAUAUUCAAACGUUGUCCGCUUAUGCCAUUGCUUCGAAAUCCGAUAUUCUUAAUUCAACCUGUGGAACAGAAUUACAGAACUUCCGAGAUGCUAUUAAUAAACGGAUAUUGUGGAGUUUAAAAAUUUUAGAUUCCAGUGGCGGAUUUAAAUCAGGUUUUCUUUACGGAAAUAAUUAUUGGCUAGGCAGUCGUAGUCAAUGUCUCGAUACGAUGAACAUAAAUCUUCCUAUGACAUCAGGGGAAAUAUUAAAUAACACGCAGUAUCGUGACCCGCAACAAGAAAUUCCACCUUUUGAAAUUAAUUAUUUUGUUGCUUAUUUUAGGCACAAUAGUUCAUUUCAAUAUCGCGUACAUUUAUAUGAAGAGGAUGUAAUAAUGCUAGGACUCUGUUUGCCAGCAUCGUGCUCUACAAAUGAUCUAAGUUUUAUUUUGGACAGAAUAUUACAUGACAGAGUCUUAACGAAUGAUCUUUAUUUCACGAAUAUUUAUCUGAUUCGAGUUAAAGAUCUAAAAGGCGAUGAUAACUGGUUAUCCGGUGGUACGUUACUUUUUAUCUGCAUAUGUUUAGGAUUUUGUUUCAUGACAACAAUUGGAACGAUAUAUGACAUAUUCAUCUAUCAAAAAUAUUUUAAAGAAAAUGAAAUGAAUAUAAUUGAUGACAGUAUCAAAGGUGUAUCCAAAGAAAUGGAAACAAAACUAAAGUCUUCGCAUUGGAAGAGUGUAAUUAGCAAAGUAUUAAUAUGUUUUUCCGCUUACACAAAUACGAAGAAAAUAUUUAGUACGAAAUUAGAUGUUGACGCAAUAGCAGUCAUUCACGGCAUAAAAGUUUUAAACACGUUGAUCUAUUUUGCAUAUAACAAAAAUUUCUUUUUGUUCACAGAUAAUAAAGUAUGGAUGUGGAGAAUAAGUGAGAAUUAUGGUGGUUAUUUAUUUGAUCCAAUGAUUGGAGCUGUAACAAUCGAUAACUUUCUUUUUUCAAGUGGAUGUGUCUUAACUUAUUUGUAUUUAAAAAAUAAAACAAACAAAAUACUGAUCAAACCAAUUCAAUACAGAGAAAAAUUAACUGAACUUUUUAACUAUAUAACAAGAAGAUUUCUUCGGCUGACACCAACUUAUAUGAUGGUGAUGGGAAGUCUGUACUUAAUCUCGAAUUGGUUUGACAAGACAUCGCAAAUUUAUAUGUACGAGAGACCGCACGAAACUUGUGCAAAGUACUGGUGGAGAAAUCUUUUGUACAUAAAUAAUCUUUUUGGUCGCGAAGCAAUAUGUAUGAACUGGAGCUGGUAUCUAGCUAUUGAUAUGCAAUGUUAUAUAAUAGCUACAAUGCUAUUAAUUUUAUCAACUAUGUACUUCUACGCCGCUGUUAUGAUAUUGGGUGCACUUUUAUUAAGUUCCAUUAUUUUUACGGGUUAUACUUCAUAUGUUUAUGCAUAUGUUCCAGCAAUUCAUGAACUGUAUCGAUUCACAAACGUUUUAUAUUUUCCAACAUGGAUGAGAAUAAAUUCGUAUAUUAUUGGUAUAAUUACAGGAUAUAUUUUAACAAAAUUAAAUAAUAAUUUAUUCUGGAAGAAGAAAAUUAUAAUUCUGUGUUGGUGCUUCUUUUGUUUUGCUAACGUUUGUAACGUUUUCAUAUUAUUUAUGAUUUACAACAAGCGAUAUGUAUCCGUUUCAAUCAUUGCUAUUUAUAUGGCUUUGCAUAAAACUCUUUCGGGCAUUAAUAUAGCAUGGAUUGUAAUAGCGUGCUCAACCAAACACGGAGGCAUUGUCAAUAAAUUACUAUCGUUCAAAGGCUGGAUCCCUUUUAGCAGACUCACGUAUUGCGUAUAUCUUUUACAUCCUCUCAUCAUACGAUCGAUUAGUUUAUACAAUGAAACAUCAAUUCAUUUUGAACUUCUGCCGACUAUUGUUUUAGCAGUGGGAUACAUUGUAAUCAGUUAUUUUUGCGCUUACGCAUUGUCUUUGAUAGUAGAAAUGCCUUGUCUCCUAUUAAUGCGAAUGUUUAUAUACCGUGAUACAAUGCCUAAAAAAGUAUUGUAAUUUUCAUAUAAACACAUAAUACUACAAAUAUGAUAUCAUAUGGUGCAUGUCAAAAGUUCAGAAACAGUUAAAUGUUUCCGAAAAUAUACCGUUUAGAAAGAAAAGGUAAAAAUGUUUUUAAAUUAUGAAAAUGUUAUAUUUUGAAGCAAU